CAGCGGCCGAGGCCGGAGGCGGUGGUCGGCCAGAAGCAAAGUUUGGAUGAAGUGAACUAUCCAAGUCGCCGUCAUGAGCAGGAGCAAGCGAGACAACAAUUUCUACAGUGUUGAAAUUGGAGAUUCAACUUUCACCGUAUUGAAACGGUAUCAGAAUUUGAAACCAAUAGGAUCAGGAGCACAAGGGAUAGUAUGUGCAGCUUAUGAUGCCAUCCUCGAGCGGAAUGUUGCAAUCAAGAAGUUAAGCCGACCAUUUCAGAACCAAACCCACGCUAAAAGAGCCUACAGAGAGCUUGUUCUUAUGAAGUGUGUUAAUCACAAAAAUAUAAUCGGCCUACUGAAUGUGUUCACACCACAAAAAUCCCUGGAAGAAUUUCAAGAUGUCUACAUAGUGAUGGAGCUCAUGGAUGCAAAUCUCUGCCAAGUGAUUCAGAUGGAGCUAGACCAUGAACGAAUGUCCUAUCUUCUUUAUCAAAUGCUGUGUGGCAUCAAACAUCUUCAUUCAGCUGGAAUUAUUCAUAGAGAUUUAAAGCCCAGUAAUAUAGUAGUAAAGUCAGACUGCACUUUGAAGAUUCUUGACUUUGGACUGGCCAGAACUGCAGGAACUAGUUUUAUGAUGACGCCUUAUGUAGUGACUCGUUACUACAGAGCACCAGAGGUCAUCCUAGGGAUGGGAUACAAAGAAAACGUUGACAUUUGGUCAGUUGGGUGCAUCAUGGGAGAAAUGAUCAAAGGUGGUGUUUUAUUUCCUGGUACAGAUCAUAUUGAUCAAUGGAAUAAAGUUAUAGAGCAGCUAGGAACACCAUGCCCCGAAUUUAUGAAGAAACUGCAGCCUACAGUCCGAACUUACGUGGAGAACAGACCUAAAUAUGCUGGAUAUAGUUUUGAAAAACUCUUUCCAGAUGUUCUUUUCCCAGCUGACUCUGAACACAAUAAACUUAAAGCAAGUCAAGCAAGAGAUUUGUUAUCAAAAAUGCUGGUUAUAGAUGCUUCUAAAAGAAUCUCUGUGGAUGAAGCCCUGCAGCACCCAUAUAUCAAUGUUUGGUACGAUCCAUCAGAAGCAGAAGCUCCUCCACCAAAGAUACCAGAUAAGCAGUUAGAUGAGAGGGAACACACGAUAGAGGAGUGGAAAGAGUUGAUAUACAAGGAAGUCAUGGACCUGGAGGAGAGAACCAAGAACGGGGUUAUACGUGGCCAACCAGCCCCUUUAGGUGCAGCAAUGAUCAAUGGCUCUCAACACCCAUCUUCAUCGUCAUCUGUCAACGAUGUGUCUUCAAUGUCAACAGAUCCAACAUUGGCCUCUGAUACAGACAGCAGUCUAGAAACCUCAGCUGGACCUCUGGGUUGCUGUAGAUGACUACUUGGUCUUUUGGGGGGUGGGAGGGGGGUCCUUUUAGUCAUUAAUAUAGGGCACUUUUAAAAUUUGGUGGUAUUUUUGAGUGUUUUUUCAAAAAUAAUCAUGGAAUUCAUCAUAAAGUGCUGUAAUUUCAAACUGUAAGUUGUGUUACAAGCAGCCACUUUUUUGCUGUAAUUAACUGUAAAAUAUUAAACCUGGUAAUUUUUAUUGUGGUUUUAAAAUCUGCAUAUUUGCUUUACUAUUAUGCUGCUGAUCUUUUUUUACUGAAUUUGUAAGAUUUGUUUUAUCAGAGCACAUAUUAAUGUUGUGGUCAUUACCAUAUGAUGAAUUAUUUAAGAUUUUAUAGGUUUUCAAUUUUUUAAUUAGAAUUUAUUCCAGAUGUUUUGUUCAUGAUAUCCUUAAGAGUUUUAUGCUUGGUCAUACAUCUGUGUCCAGGUGGAGGGGGAGAGGAUUCAGUGCAGCCAUCUGUAGUUUCAGGCAUACUACUUGCUGGGUAGUGAACAAAAUCCUCUUUUAUUUUGGCCACUUGCCUAUAAUAUUUCAGCAAAAGCAACAAUUAAUGAGUUUUUUUAGAGAAACAGAAAAAAUCCUUUGCAAAGUUACAUCAUCUAAAUGGGUUUAUGAACUUGAGAAAGCAAAGCGUAUCUUCAAAGCUGCAGAAAUAUCCAGCCUAGCAGAGUAAUGUGAAUGUUUUCUGCAGAGUUGUGGCAUGCCAAAUCUUGUGAUCACCAUAAAACAUGAGGAUACUUCAUGAAUAAUACAUUGCAAUGCCAAUAAACUGUUUACUUCUAGCUCGUAGCCUGUUUUUGUACACACAAAAUGAAGUGUAUCCAGGAUGUUUAGACUGACAAGAGACAA